UUUUGCUUGCUGGACAGAUGCAUUAUCUUCCUGAAAAGGAUAAUUCUCAUUAUUAUCUAGAGUAUCUAGGAAUGAUGAAAAUAUAUCGCGCAGAAACCGGUAAACGUCUGCACUUGGACAAUUAUUCCACAGAGUACGUUCAUUACAACUACUUUCGUUUACCCGGAAAAUCUGAGGUGCUUGCUUUAGAGAGUAUAAAGGCUGCAGUGGAACUCGCCUCAGGCGUGCCGGCGAGUAUGCAGAUAUUAAUGACAGGUGACGGCCUACCCGUGAAAGCCGACAAAGUGGAGGAAGUGCUUCGUACUUCUGGAGAGAAUGAGUCAAUAGUAUAUUUGUUCAGUCGCGAAUUGCUCAAUACGACGAAUGUGGUAGAUAAUACGACCUUGCGUGAAAUUGCAAGUUUACAACCUCAAAUACCUUUAUGGCAGUCGGCACAAUUACGCGCGAAAUGGCGAACGUUUAGCAUAGCUGCGUACGUUGAAUUGUUUGAGAAACAUAAUGAGCACGGAAUGAAAUAUGUACAUUCUGCCAGAACACAUUUGGAAUUAUGUGAACGACUGCUUACCGAGCAAAAAGUUCAAGCGAAGGCUUUGACAGCUGCAAUGGAAAACUUGGAUGUUCAUAAUAAGUCCAUAACUGAAUUACAUCAGGCGUUUCACGAUUCAGCCGAGAAGGAGGUUACAGAGCAGUCUGAAUUAAUUUUUAGCGUUUCAGUAGACCUAGAAGUGCUUAAACGUAUAAAGAUUCAUCCUCAAAUUAUGCGAGUUGCCGGUUUGAUACCACAGCAAAAUGAAUCUCACACUUUAGCAAGUUUCAUAUCUGAAGAAGAUCUGCUUAAGCUAGAGAAGAGUGGAAAGGCUGUUUUUGAACAAUUGAAAAAACGCAUCGGCGAUUUGGAACGUACUGUCCGUAAUGUACAGGCAACCACAGACGAGUUGAAACGGAAAAAAUAUGGUACCGAGUAUGUAUCCCGAGAAUUCGAGAACUUUGUAUGCUGUGUUUCGCAUUAUCUAAGGAAACUUCUUGUAAACAGAUUCCUUUCAAUGGACGUCGAAUUAAGCAAAGCACGACAGACGUAUGAAAAAAUAAAAGAGUUGAAUGAUAGAUUGCAACGAGACAUAGGGCGAAUACGAGAAAAAGCUCAAGAGUUGACUGGAUCAUCAACCGAUGCAAUUGAACGUCUGGCUAUAAUACACGAAGAUGACUAUUUGCCUGACAUGGGUAAGUUUGAUAAGAACUUACGCGACCAGGUCACGUGGUUUAUACAACGAAAGAAUGCCAUGACGGGUGCAGUGAUGGAUAGCCUCCGAGGGAUUUCGCGGGUGCAAUCAAGCAUUGCUAGUAUUCCGUCUGCACUGUCUCGUUUGGAUGCGGAAAUCAAGACUGCAACUCAUACUUUCAAAGAUCUGUCCAUCGUGCAUGAGAUGCCUCUUGCAUAUGGAUUAACAGUAGUUGAAAUAGUGAGGCGAAAAGAAUACAUGAGAAUACUUCUUGAAAGGUCGCAGAAACUGGCAGAAGUGUUGAGUCUCUUCCGAGAUACCGAGCAGAAGCGUCGAGAUACAUAUCGUCUCAACGUAAAAAGAUAUAUGCCCUUCAAUAUAGCGGCUCUUGAUGAAGCUCCGCCGAUGUGUGAAAUUUCUACGGUAAAUCGUAGAGGCCGUUUACCGGAGCUUACUAGAGAAGAUAUUCGAGCAUUUGUCAACAUGCUCGAACAAAUGCGAGUAUCAGUACACAAGACUACUGGCAAUAAUCAAACAAAUGACAAUCCAGUGGCACAACUGCAAAGUGUCUUAUUGAAGAUGUCUAGUCAAAUAGAUGGCAUGAAUGUUGAAUUUGAGCGCAUAAUAAGAACUAACUUUGUCUCAGAUAAACUGCUCACAGAUCGUGAUGUUUCAACGUCGUCGCGCACGACAUCAACUUAUAGCACUUUAACUGUUCCCGCAAGAGGACAGGCAUCUCGCACCAUGAAACGCUUAUCACGACAAAGUUUUUCUGAAAGUGAAGUCGAUUCCGGUUCAUUGCUUUUAGACAAGUCAAAAAAGCUGGAAUUAGCUGAAAAUAAGCUCAAGAAUUAUGAAUCAAGAAUUAAAGGCCUUGAAAGCAAGUUACAGACAAAUUAUCAAAAUUCGAGAAAAGUCGAGGAAUCUUAUAGUACAGCUCUUAAGGAAACCGAAACUUUAACAAAAAAGGUUACUGAGUUAGAUGCUCGUUUGCAAACGCUGGAUGGAUUGUACGCGACAGCAAUAGAGGAGAAGGAAGCGGCAGAGAAACGCGCUAAUGAUCUUGAUGAAAAGUAUUGCCAGCUACAACUAUCUUACGAAAAAAGUGUGCAUGAGGUUGAAACUAUGAAAAAGACAAAUGGCAUGCCUAAUAAAGAUCAACAAUUAUUAGAGGUCCAUUUAAGUGGGAUACAAAAUGAGAAUGAAUUGCUAAAAGAACAGAACCGUAAACUAUCUGAUCAAUUGAAGGAGGAAACGGAAAGAAGAAUUUUAGAAUCAAUGCUUCACAAUGAAAGAAAGAGCGCCAGCGAAAACAUUGAACAACGAUUAAACGAACAGUUGAACGAACGGGAUAAACUAAUCGAACAAUUGCAAAAGCGUCUCGAGACUGAGGAAUAUAAACGGAAAGAAUUUGAGUCAUUGUAUCAUACAGAGUUGGAUAAGACAAAAAGCUUACAAGCACAAUAUUCAGAUUUACGUCACUCCAAUGAAAAAGAGAUGACAUCUUUGCAGUCGAAGCUGAAGGAGAUAGAACGCGAGCUGACGGAAGAAAUAAAGGCUUAUGAAGAAGGGAAGGCUUCAUUGACUAGACAGUUAGAAGAAGCCAAAUCACAAGCAAGCGCUAAAGAGCAUGAAUAUUCGGACUUGGAACAAGUUUACAAGAAGAUACAGCACGAGUUUGAGCAAUGUCAGGCUGAGCUUGAGAAAAGGCGAGAAAACUAUGAUAGUGAAAUGAAACAACGAGCUGUACUGGAAAAUGAAAUAAAUACUCUACGAUCAGAGUCAGAAAGUCUUGUGGAACAAACUCGCAAUUCACAAAAAGAAUUACAAGAUCUGGUAGCGAAACGGGAACAAGAGCAUGUGGAAUAUGAGACCUCUUUGGAAGAAAUGCGCGCUCAAACACAAAAGCUGCAAGGAGAAAUAAAGGAACUGAACACCAAGAUCGAGAGUAAAGAGACGAAGAAUAAGUUGAACGAACAAAAGAUAGAAGAGAUGAAGCAGAAAGCAACGUCACACGCCACCAAACGUGAUAAGAUGCAAAGUAAUAUUACAGAACUCGAAAAAACGAUUGCUGAACUUCAAUCGUCUCUCAAAACACUCCAUUCAUCUAAUUCGCGUUACUCCAAAGCGUGUCAUCUAGUCGCUUGCUUGUUACUCGACUAUUACACUCAUUUCCACUCACUCAUGGCCUCAUUUCAUAAGCAACUUCCUCUCUCACCUUUAUCAACUACUUCCACGUCUUUCUCUUCAACUUCCAACUCUGGCGCGUCAGGAGCAGAUGCUGAUCCCGUGGGCAAUCUGGCUGUAACAUUUUCGGAAACAAGCAAAGAGGAAAUGCUAAUAGAAGAAUACGAGAAGAUAGCGAACACUGCUAAAAGCGUAAAUUUGGAUGAGGCUUGUGACUGGAUCAAGCGGUCUGUUAAAGAUGCGGAAAGCUUGUUGAAGAAGGCUCAGAAAGAUUUAAAAACGGCUAGGGAAAAGUAUCAGAAAGCGAGCCAAGAUGCGAAGGACAAGAUUGCAUUCAGAAAUUUCAGACCAAACGAUAUUGCAUUGUUCCUUCCGACUAGACAAAAUACGACAAAGACGUGGGCUGCUUUCAAUGUCAACGCUCCCCAUUACUUCUUACGCAGCAACGAGACAUUAGAAGCACAAUUACAAAAUAAGAUGUAUACUGUUAGACGUAUCUUGAAUAUUACAGAACAAGUGGCCGAUUCAAAGAACCCGCAAACAUCAGCAUAUGAACUCCCAGAUGGUGUGAGGUUCUUCCUGGUCGAUGUUGAUGCUACUUGGAAUCCCAACCAACCGUCGUCUCCCCGUCAUCGCCGACAGUCCGAGUCGUUAUCUUCUUCGAGAUAUGAGGCGCCUGUAGGGAAAUUAACAAAGACCGAGAAGCAGGCAUUGCGCAUGAGUGCAUCAGUUUCAGAUUUACCUUCGCGAGAAGAUAAUAAUGGAAGCGAUUUUGGAUUGGGUGAAACGAGUACACGAAGAAGUAAAUUGGAGAAGAGAAAAGGUUUGGGUGGUGGAUCCGAGAGAAAAGGGGACGGAGAGAAGGAUGGGAAUAAGGAUAGCGAAACCAGUGUAAAGGACAAUAAAGGGCUAUGA